AAGCUCUAGGCCCGGUACCGGAACACCAUCUCUCUUGGACACUGGAUAAAUUCGUUGAUAGUGCAGGCGCUUGGCGAUGGGACCUUUUCCAACCCCUACUGCCCGCGACGUCUCUAUUGCGUAUAGCUGCCACACUUCCUCCUUCCCCGGGGUCAGGCGAUGACAUUAUGUACUGGGGAUGGUCGAGCGAUGGACGUUUCACAACUAAGUCGGCAUACGAAGCACUUUUUGGGACUCAUAACGCGAAUACAAGGCGUAUUUGGAAAGAGGUGUGGAGCUGGACGGGGCCCCAAAGAAUCCGUCAAUUCAUGUGGCUAAUUGUGAAAGAACGCCUGCUCACUAAUGGAGAAAGAUUCCGUCGUCAUCUGGCUGAAAGUGCUGCUUGCGAGUUAUGUGGAAGUGCACAAGAAACGAUACUCCAUUGUCUUCGGGACUGCCCUCAUGCCGAGCAAACAUGGCGUCGUUUAAUCCCGUACCAACAUCAGAGUAAUUUGGUUGGACAAGUUUUUGAGUAUGAUGAUGAUAAGGACCCUGAUCUGGUGGUGAGGUUCUGUAAAGAUGUCGAGACGAGAUCCCAACCGGGAUAUGUGGAUUUUGGAAGAUUUGAUAAAUUCAAUUAUUUUAAUGCCGGUUCUGGACAGCAUGACUUUGUGCAGGAAUAUUACAGUGGUGACCUAAUGAAGUGUGAGAAAACUUUUGAUAAAUUGGGGCGCACAGCUCAGCUAAAUAUCAUUUGUGGAAAUUGUCCAAAUGGACAAUGUGUAGGUGGUCUGGGGUGCAUCUGCAAAGUUACCUAUGAAUCUUCAUGCAGGGUGCUCAUUGAUCUAGCCAUUCCCUGUGUGAAACCAGGUUUGCGGGUAUUUGAGGGCUUCACAGUUGGCUUUCAUCCUCGCUCGUGGGAAAUUGUCUAUAAUGGUAUGACUCAGUUGGGUUAUGAGAAGCUUUACGAUGAAUUUAGCUUCAGAACUGAGCAAAGGGAUGUGACCCUAUACUUAACUGCAGUUGCUUCCGUCUCGAAUUUAGUUCAAAAACCUACGGUCAAGAUUUCUCCGGAACAAGGAUUGGUUGUUCAGUUAUCUGGUUCUGGAGCAGACGGCAGGCCACCAACUACCUUGUCUCCCACUAUGAUACUUGUGGACUGGCGAUGUGAAAAGACUCGUGCUACACCUUAUGAAGUUGAAAUUACCAUUCCAGUGGAGAAUUAUGACCCAAUUCAGUUUACUCUUGCAAAGAUGUGUGAACACAGCCAAGGUGAACGUGGCGAAGCUACUAGAGGUUGGGCCAUAUUUGGAAUCAUAUCUUGCAUAUCAAUUGUAGCCUUCACACUGUUAUGCAUUGGAGGGUUUAUAUAUAGGACAAGAGUGACAAACCUGCGAGGGCUUGAUGCAGUACCAGGGAUGGCAAUAUUAUCGGCAUGUUUGGAAACUGUAAGUACAGUUUACUUGUGGUAA